AUUUUUAUUUUUAUUUAUUUUAGUUUGUUUAUUUAAUUUUAAACCAAGGGUAUUAUAGAUAUUUUACCCUUUAAUGAAUGUCAUUUUUGUGACUUUCUCCUUCUAGUGCUAUUUUUGAGACAUAAACUUCAAAAGGUGCUAUUAUUUACAAUUGCCCUUUAAGAAAAGGCAUAAUAAGAUCUUAACUAAGAUUUUUCUCAACCUCUUUCAAUCCGUAAAUACUUUGGGUUGAUUAAUACAACAACACUCGUUAUAUACAAAUUUCAACAUAAGGAGUUCUUCAACAACCAACAUAAAAAGUUUUACGUUACUACUAAAACUGAGAAAGACGAUUACAUUGUGAACCAAGGAUAUACCGGAAAUAACCCAAAAAAAAAAACAAACAAAGAGUCUUUGUUUCUAAAUUUUAAAGUCUCUCCGGUGACAUCUAUCAAAGUUAGUUUGAGAGUGAACGCAAGAAAGCAUCAAUCAUCAAGCCUCACUCACAAGCUUCUUCCAAGGACUCGUUUACUGGUUUUAAUCCAGUUUUACCAUUGCUAGAUCUCGAACAAGGGCUUUCGUGGACAGCAUUAAUCAGUGUUCUUGUUUCUUGGGAUCAUUUUUGUUCUGAACUGCUCCUGCGCUGUGUCGUCCGGUUAAUGGCUGUCUCUCUUCACGAGACAAAGAGCUGACUGCGACGCUGAAGCUUUUUCUCCAAGAAAGGAUGAGUUUUGGCCGAGUCAAAGGAAGCUAGAAAGAUACUUGGAACAUAAGCUACCUUGUCACAUCAUACUUUUUUUCCCUCGUUACUCUGUUUAAAAUUUUAAAAGACGUAGGACCCACGUCACAACUCAAAAGAAACCUUUUAUCCUUUCGCAGCAAAAUUCUUACAGAUAAUUCAUAAAACAAUAGACAAAAUUGGUCGGAUUGUCCAACAAAUAGCCUUCGAAAAAGUUAACCACCAACGAGAGAUUGACAUGUGUACUGUAAUAUACAAACACACUAUGGAUGUUCAGACACGAAUUAAUGUGAGUGAAUAACAAAACCGUGAACACUCAAUAAUAUGAUUUGAUUCCAAUUUGUAAAGUCAAAUUUAGAUCGGAGAUCUUGUAAUAAUUUCUAUAAAAUAUAACGCAAACCCACUUAUAUUGGCAUAUUUCAGGCCCACGCUAAGUUUUGUAAUGUAAAAGGCCCAACAGGUAAAUACCUCAACAAUGAUCGAGGGUAAUCUCGUCAUUUAAAGUUUCGAAGGGAGACGAACCAAUCCGUCUUUCGCUCUUACUCGGUCAACAAACCACUCGAAGACGAACACGUGUCACAUUGUGGUUGGCUUCACGAUGAGCGCAUCGGGUGCUAUAUAAAUGCCGUUAAGGCCUCAUAACGGUUUUCUAAUUUCCCGCUAGAAAGAGAAGAGAAGUGAAAGAAGAAGAUGGCGAUGGAAGUAGCAACACCGGCUUUUGCACCGAUCACAUCACCGGAGAUAAACAUCGUCCUCGCUGCGACGGCGAAGAAGGCUUCCGUUGAGACUCACAAGAAGAACAGGAUCCAAGUCUCCAACACGAAGAAACCUUUGUUCUUCUACGUUAAUCUCGCCAAGAUGCAGAGGUACAUUCAGCAACACAACGAGGUCGAGCUCUCUGCGCUUGGAAUGGCAAUAACUACCGUGGUAACAAUCUCUGAGAUCUUGAAGAACAAUGGAUUGGCUACAGAGAAGAAAGUGUUGACAUCGACAGUGGGAAUGAAAGACGAGACUAAAGGAAAGAUGGUUCAGAAGGCAAAGAUUGAGAUUGUGUUGGGAAAGUCAGCCAAGUUUGACUCUUUGGUGCCGCCUGUGACCAACGGCAAGACUCCUGAGGAGGUAGCCAAAGCAGAGACGGAGGCGGCUGUUGAAGUACAAGAAGCUGCAGCCACCGAGGCAUAAGACUGAUCUGGCUCAGAAACACAAGAAAGAUCGUUCCAUCUUUUUAAUGUUUUGUUGUUUUUGUUUCACUUGUGACAUAUCGAACAUAAUACUCUAGAUAUGUAAAUAAUAAGUACAUUGACGGUUUAACUGUGUUUCGUGACAAGCAGUCAUACAGAUAAAAACAAUAUAUCUACAAAUAUAUUGAGUUUUUGGUAAAUACUUUAUA